AAUAUGACGGAAAAUAAUAACGUACCAUCAUGGAUUCAAGCAAAUCUCUUUGAAAAAAUCUUACGCGAUACAAUACCAAAUUUUAAAGAAAUUAAAAAUUUCAAAGCCUUCAAUGCUUUGCCACCGGGAGAAAAUUAUGCCACGGUCAUGCUGAAACUCCAAUUUGAAGUGGAACUCAACGAUGGAACCGCUAUGACAGAUACACUAAUGAUGAAAGUCCCCCAUGACACCGAGUUAUAUCGUGAGGAAAUAUCCAAAUGGCAAAUGUUCACCAUUGAAGCUUUGACAUAUAACGACUUUGUCAGGGAGUUUGAACAAAUGUACCGGGAAGUGGGAUUAAAUAUAAAAUUAAGUCCACAAUCCUAUCAAAUACCCAUCGAAGAGGAAUACAUUUUGCUGGAAGAUUUAAAAAAGCAGGGUUUUCGUAACACUAAACGGCAAGAUGGUUUAAAUAUCGAUCAUUGUAAAUUGGUACUCAAGAAGCUGGCUCAGUGGCAUGCAGCCUCUGCGGUAAGAAUUGAACGCAAAGGCCACUAUCCACAGGAAUAUGUUCAAGGCCUAAUCAAUAAAAAGGGUUUUGAAUUCUUUCGAACUGUAAUGCAAACAUGUGCCAAAAAUGCUGUUAAAUCUGCCAAAACUCUACCCGGACAUGAAUUAUAUUUAGAGCAAAUGGCCAAAUUGGGAGAGACAUUUACGGAGAAUUUCUAUGAAAAGACCGCAGCCGAUCCUAACGAAUUUAAUGUCUUAAAUCAUGGAGAUACCUGGAGCAAUAAUAUUAUGUUCCAAUAUGAUGAGCAGGACAAUGUCAAAGAGUGUUACUUUGUUGAUCUGCAGAUUCCAAAAUAUGGUUCAUUAGCUCAAGAUGUUCUCUAUUUUCUAAUGACAUCAUCGCAACUGGAGGUGAAAAUAAAUUGUUUCGAUGAAUUGAUACGUUAUUACCACGGGCAUUUGAAGACACACUUGCAAUUGUUGAAAUAUUCCAAGGCAAUACCCACUCUGGGUGAUAUACAUCGAGUACUGAUAAACAAUAGCAGCACUUGGGCUGUAUUUGCUUUGUGGAACGUCUUACCAGCUGUUCUGGCACCUCCGUCCAAAGAUGCCAAUGUUGAUAAUCUAGUUGGAGAUAGCGAAGAAAGUAAUAAAUUUAAAGAGCUGAUAUAUUUCAAUGACAACAUAAGGAAGCAUUACGAACUUGUAUUUCCCUGGUUAUACCAUAGGGGUGCAUUUGAUUUGUAA